CCUGGAUUUUUCUGUGACUGACCAACCAAUGGAGGAAGAAAAGGUUGUAGAAAUUAGCCAAGGAAAAUCUGGCCCAGUCAUUUCUCCUUCGCCCGCCGGGUUCCCCAUUAACUGGGAACUCAUUACUGGCCCUGUACCUCAGCCAGUUUUACCAACAUCAUCUUUGGGCCCCUCGUUUCCGCCUCCUCAGAGUUCAGCCAUGCACACGCUGCAGACCAAAGUGAAGCCACUCACACAGAGAAGGCCAAGAGGAAGAGAGAAAGACAGAGACAGAGUCGAUUCAGAGGUUCCCAUGAGCUGCCCGUUUGGUCAAAUUUCAUCUGAGGUUCUUCUCCAACAGAGGCCCCGAGGUAAGGGUCCGGUAUCGCUGUGUGUACCUGCUUGGCAACCAGGUCCUACGAAGAACUUAAGCAGUAGUGAGGAAGAGGAGGAGGUGGAGGUGCAAGUGAAGUUAGAGAUCCACAGCCCUCCAGCUGAAGUGCAAGUGGAACCGUUAGACUCAGAGAAAUCACACGAAGACCACGCCGGUUUCCAGACAAGCCAUCCUUGUGGUCUGAGGGCAGGGAUCAGUCUGGAGAGUUUUCUUUCUGACAACUCUUGCAGCAGUAAGGAUGACCUGUCCUCGCCUCCUUCACCUGCUCUUUAUACUUCUGCGAUUUCUUCUGUUUCUACAGCAACUUAUGUCUCUUCGUCCUCCUCUUCCAGACACUGGGCACCACCAAAGGGUUUCUGGAGAGUAGCACGUCCAGAGAUGUUGCUUCUCAAUGGAGUUGGCCCUUACAGUGUACUCCCCGCAUUACCUUUAAAGGACUAUACCCAGAUGCAAAAACUGGCAGAGCCUCAGAAGAAGAAGCCUUCAGAAGCAGGGUUUAGGAGAGAUGAGAGGUAUGUAAUGGGUGACAACAGCAGAUCCUCAAAGGGCAAGGACUCAGACAUGGAGAAGUUUUACCACAAUGGAGUUGAGCAUAAGGAGACCGAUCCAGUCAAAGAACAGUGUAGUUCAGAUGAGUGGAACAGUACAUCAUCACCAAGUGGGGCGCUUUCUGUUGAAGAAAAACUGAAACUCAAGCAGAGGGCAUACGCAAAGUUAAGGGAAAGACAACAAAAGAGUCAGGAGGAGAGAGAGCAGAGUGGAACAGAAAAUGCCAGCAGUUAUGGAGACAAGACAUGCAGAGUGGACUCAAACAGUGCCCAUGGUGCUUUUGACAAGUCAGAGUCAGCUGUGCUCUCUCAGGAUUUAGAAUCCCGUUUGAGCCUUAGCGCACAGCUCGGGAUCACCGAUGAGCUUCCCCUGAGCCCAAGGCACGAGGAAGCCAAACGCCUUCUCGAGCGAGCGCGGCUCAAGGCGCGUUCCAAUCAUAGCAAAGGCAGUCGCCCCUGCAGACGAGCCCAUUCUGAUCAGAGAUGCACAGAGAAGCAGGAAGCUGAUCCUUCAGAUCCAACUCUAGUGCAAAAAACUGUUCAAACUAAAGAAGCAGCUCAAACUGGAUCCGGUCCUCUUCUCAUCCCCACCCAGAGAGACACCUCCCCUGGUGAGGAGGGAGGUCGAUCUAGAUGGUUUGGUUGUUCACCCACGCGUGUACGCUUUGAGGACGAAUCAGAGAAAGAAGCAGAGACUCGCUACUUGGACAGAGUGAGACAGCGUAGCAGGCCUGGAAAUCCAAAGUCCAAAAUGAAGGAAAGUAAUACAGAUUCUAACAGUAGUGGUUCAGAGAAGAGUAGAAGCCACAAAAGUGUCUCCACGCCUCUUUCUCAGAAGCAGGAGGACAGUGGCGUUAACAGCAAAUCCACAACAGUGAUUAAAGAGAUAAUAGUGCUAGUGAAGAAAUGUGAGACGUGUGGCUCCAUAGUCAGGGAACCUCAACCGGUGACAUCACUAUCUGAGCCACAGAGUGCUGAGCCGCAACAAUCUAGCAACCCUGAUGACCAACGGGGGAAAGUGGCUCCUCGCUGUGGGCCUUCGAAUAAACCCGAAGUGAGUACUCGUCCUAAAGCUCCUUUAACUGUAACUUUUGCAGGAGCAUAUGUGCUUGGAAAAGACAAGGAGUGCAGUACAGGAUGGAAAACAUCAGGAUUUGGGAAACUUAGGAGAAGGAGCAGGAAAGGGGAGAGCCGGCUAGAGUCUGGACAUGGCCCUUAUGGACCAUCAUGGGCGCAGCGACGUAACUCUAAUCCCAGGAAUAGGGUCAAUUUGAGCAGAACUGUUUCCUUUGCACCUGGUAGCCCCAUCUCCUUAGAACCCAGUUUGCUCAUGGCAUCUGGUGGGCUAAAGGAGUCGCCCACCCCAUCUUUGCCGAUAAAGUCAGCGCUGAAAUCAAGCUUAAGGAAUCGCACUGCAGCAGCUCAGCCAUCUGUUCAGUACCAAACAACUUCAAAUCAAGGAAGUGACAUUGGAUUUCAGCAUUCAGCACUGCUAGAUGUUCCAGAAUCAAGACGGGAGUCCCCAGUGUCUUCGGCCCAAGGCACCCCUACAACAUCCAACCCCGCAACGUGUAUCAGGCCAUCCACUCUGAGGUACUCUCCAGCCCGACUGACCCCAGAUCUGCCAGCUGUUGAACUUUGGGACGGAACUCCUGAUGGAGUGGGUCUAAGUGGAGAAGUUGAUCCUGGUUCAGAGGGCCGUCCUCUCCUACGUGGCCUUUCUGUGUCCCGGGCUGAUGAUCUCCGAGCAGAGCUGCUGAGAGCUGAACAUUUGAAGGCUGAGGCCAUAUGGGAGGAAAAUUGUGAUGAUUCCAGGAAGCCGCUAACAGAGCGUGACGGCCGGCCAAAGCUCUUCCUGCGCCGGUUCUUUUCCUCUAUUGGUCUGAACAGUGUUGGCAGACUGGUGAAAGGAGGUCGCUCCAGCAGCAUGGAACAGCUCAGUCUCCCCACUGGUUCACGGACAACUUUGUCUUCCCCAAAUCUGACCCGCAAACCGCAGCCUACCAUCUGCAUACAGAGGACACCCUCACUGCAGACCCUGCACACGGUGCUGCCACUAGCCCAACUGCGCAAAGCCUCCUCUGUGCAGAGUUUGGAGAGAAGAACAGAACGAUCAACAAUGCUGGGAGAGGUGCAGAUGCCUUUUGGCCUUGUAUCUAGUCUAGAUAUUCCUCAGCAUGAGCUUCACAAGACCCUGAGUGUUGAAGAUGUGCUUCCCUCCAGGAUGAUGCGUCCAGUGGGCCAUGUCACUCAGGCUUUCCCUGAUGGAACACUCAUGUUGGACCUGUUCAGACCCCCAAAUGGUCCAUUUGGUUUUGUCAUCUCAAGGGGCAAAGGUCGACCAGAUAUAGGUGUAUAUGUGGAGAAGGUGGGAGAUGGUAGUAGUGAAGGCCCUUAUGUUGGGCUUUUGGGCGUCGGCGAUGAAAUUCUACAGGUGAAUGGGGAAGCUGUGGCUGGACUGAGUCUGGACCAUGUGACUCGACUCAUGACCCGGGAAAGCACCGUGUCCCUUCGGAUAAUGCCGGCGCGAAGCAACCAGCGCUGACUAACUAUAAAGACUGGAUUAUUACAGAGAUUGAUACUGUGUUAGCUAGUAUAUACUGUAUUUCAAACUUGUGUUUGAUUUUCAUGUAGAAAAUAACUAAAGUGACAUUUUUAUCCUCCACUGAUACAGUCCUUUCUUAAAAUAAGUCCUUAAUUGGCCUGAAAAGUAUCUUAUACACAGUUUAUCAAGGUCAUGUUGAUACAGUCAAUUACAAAUU